AUGGAAAAAUUCCGUGGUAUCCCUUUUAAGUGUCUUCCACGGGAAGGACAAAUCCGUCUUGCAAAUCAGCUGGAUCAGGAUGAUGGAUUGGGCAAAGACUACAUGGUUUUUGCACAAACCCUUGAAAAAAAGUGUCACUUUAGUUUUGGCAUUGUGGACUUUGAUGCUUUGAAGGUGUUGAGAUCCAGGAAACAUCCCAGUGCAACACUGGCUCUGUUUGACCAAUACUAUGCAAACAAUUCUAAGAAGAUCACUCUGGACCUGGUAUACUUGGUACUGCAGGAGAUGGGGCUGGAUGAUUGUACAGCUGUGCUUGAUGAAUUGUGGGAAGACAUCAAUAAAAGACACUUAUCAACGAAGUGUAAACCCUAUUAUGCGGAUAGGCAGUUUAAUGACCAGCGAUGUUCAUGUGAUAGCUGCAAGCCAUUGCAUACUGAGGAUCAUGAGAACGUUCCUUCUGAUAAUACACAAGGAUUUUGCCAUCCACCAACAACAAGCUAUAAUUCUACAACCAGUCAACCUUUGAGGAUGAAUUUGGAGCCUCCAAUGUUAAAUUGCCCUCAAUCACUUCAUAGUAAUUUGUAUUCAAGAAUACAUCCAGACGAAAGAGAUAGACUUCUGUUCCCAUCGCCUCAAGUUGUUCACUGUCCACCACAGAACAAUCCGGUGACUGUGUAUCCUGAUCAACACAUGAUGCACAUACAUCAAGCCAAUAUGUUGAACAGCAGAGAACAUGAAAGUUUCCCUCAAGAAGUUCGAAACUGGGUACAGCGUGGACCUGCUGUAAGUCCAGUAGUGCCAAAAUACAGAGUUCCUGACAAUGAAGCCAGAUACUCCCCUCACACUGGACACCCACCUCAGAACAGCACUUCUACAGUACAGCUACCAUACUACCCAGGCAGUUCUCUGAAGACACCUGUCACCCAAGUCUCCACUUUUCCUGGACCAGAAACUGGGGUAAUUCCAAAAAAGCCCUGGGAAAAGUUAAGUGCGUCUGAUAGCUGUGUGCUCUCCCCUCUUGCAAAACAGUAUAGAGCAGAUAAUAGGCAUUGUCUGCAAAGAGUGAAUUCCUCACCUCAUAGUUAUUCAUCCUUCGCUCAUUAUCAAAAUGAACCACAGACUUUAAAAAGUAACUGUGGUGAUUAUCGCAGACAACCGUCACAGGUGAAUGAUUUAGGAAGAGACACACAGCUAAAGCAAGUAAAUGAUAGACAAUGUACCUGUCCACCAUCUGUAAGGACAGAAUAUUCCAAUUCUGCAACAGCUAAUGGAUAUCAGAAUGGAAAAUAUCCACCAAACGAUUGGUGCCCGUACCCACCUUCAGACAUUGAAGAUGAUGAGGAAGAACAGACAAAAUUACUUGAAUUAGAUGGAAGUUCCAGUUCUAACCUCAUGUCACAGUGUACAUGUCAGUCGCUGGCCCAGAAUGAUGCCAUCAGACGACCAAGUAACAAGUCUGAUGCAGAACGUCGCUACUCUGACCCACCGGAGAGUUUGUCUUCCUCAGAUAACUGUAGUGUCCCCCUUCAUGUGAAGCGAUCCAGUAGUGAGGAAGAGCUAAAAAGAAACAACCUCAGCCCUCAAGGAUCUGUUGGCAUACAAAAAGUGCAACGCCUAAUCAAGCUGUUCCUAACCUUUGCUGAUGACAGUGAGGAGCACAUGGAGGAAGUACUUACAUUUGGAGCACAGCUAAAGGAAAUGGGUUACAGCGUUAAAUGUGACAUGUUUGAUCAAACCAUUCAGAAGCUCAUUAAACAGCCUGUUUCCAGCGAGAUGCAGAACAGCAUGCAACAAUUCUUCAGCAACUCCUAUGAUUGGUUGGACUACCAGAUCCAAAAUUCGGCUUUCUUGGUUUUCUGUAUUUCACCCAAAUACUUUCAAUAUGUUAGACCACAAGAACAGAUAUAUGGUUACAACACUGUAACAUCUCACAGUGUUGGAGGAGUACAUGGUGUGACAGUGGGUGCCCAACCUAAUGACUGCCAUCUCCACACAAAGUACAUUUACAACCAAGCAUGUAGUGAACAUUUUCAGACACUUUCACAAAACAAAAGAUUUUUUCCAGUCUUGUUUCCAAAAUCUGGUGCUUCCAGAAAUCACAUUCCAAGCAUUUUCAAGUCAACAUUGAUUUUCAACUACCCUGACCCUAACAACUCACUGCUGAACUUUCUCCAUAGCCAGUUGACAGAAAGAUGUAAUCAGUAG